CCUAGUACUGCAGUCGGUCGCUAGAAGCAUCAUGCGUCAAGCAUGUGGAUUGAAAAUAAAAAUAAUGUAAAUAAACAGUGUUUGUCUGCUUUUAACGUAUCCAUUCAAUUCUGUUAAUGAGCGAUUAAUUCGCUUUUGUAAAAAUGGGAACAACUGCACUAGAAAGAAGCCUCUUAUUAAUAAUUCUGGAUGUUAAUCCAGUUCAACGGAUCGUGAAACAAGAGGCGAAAAUUCUCACACAAUGCAUAGACUCAGUAAUAGUAUUCGCAAAUUCCCAUCUGAUGCAGUCGGCCACCAAUGAUCUGGGGCUUAUAGCAUGCCACGGCCAGGGUGCGAAAUUCUUGUACCCAGAGACGGAUAAAUCAGUUGAAGUGAGGCAGUUCGAUGGACAAUACGAGAAAUUCACUCUGGUUGAACGCACUGUGCGUCAAACACUCCAGGGGGUAAUUAAUGAGUUGAUAAAUACACGGCCUCUCAAUAGUGAGAGUCUCAUCUCUGGAGCUCUGUCACUGGCACUUUGUUACAUAGCGAGAUUAGAGAGGGAGAAGUCUCCAGGUGAAAAAUUACAUUCAAGGAUUCUAGUGGUGACUGGAAGUAAUGAUUCGGCGACGCAGUACAUGAAUUAUAUGAAUGUUUUCUUCACCGCCCAAAAAAUGGGUGUUAUCCUCGAUGUUUGCAGCCUUGAUCAAGAAUUAACUCUACUGCAACAAGCCUGUGAUAUAACAGGGGGAAAUUACUUGAAAAUUCCCCAGUUGGCUGGUCUUCUCCAAUAUUUACUGUGGGUCUUCCUGCCUGAUCCCGAGGUACGCGCAAAGCUCGUGCUACCACCGCCCGUUAAAGUCGACUACAGAGCAGCAUGUUUCUGUCACCACGAAUUGAUCGAUAUAGGCUACGCCUGCUCGGUCUGUUUAUCAAUUUUUUGCAAGUUCAGUCCCAUCUGCACCACAUGCCACACUUUGUUCAAGAUGCCAGCGCCGAUACCAGUGAAAAUGAAGAAAAAAAAAAAAUUUGCUGACAUUCAAUGAUCUCUAUCACAGUCCAUUCUCCCACUAGUGUUGAAGUGUAGGUGAUGGACAAACACUGAUAUUUAUUAUUCUGUAAACAAUAUUUGUAUAAAUUUCCAUCUUUAAAUGAAUUGCGGAUGACAUUA